UGCAGGGUCCGACGCGUCCGCGGCCUCAGCUGCUCCACAUCGGCGUUAUUACGCACAGUCCUGCACCAUGACCGCCGGGAACCAGCACUUACGGGUCUCCUGGAGCCGGAUAGCUGUCUACUCUUCAUGAAACUGGCCCAACAUCGGAUUCACGGAGAGAAAAGUCCCCGAGGCGGUGGUGUUUGGUGAAGUCAGCUGUUCCCUCUCCCUGUCAACAGUGCGCGUCCUCCGGCGCUGAGCUGCCGGCUUGGCCGGCGCGUCUGCGGCUCUCGGAGCUCGGAGCUCGGAGCUGGUGGUGUGGUGUGGGGGAUGUUGUCCGUGCUGUCGUACGGGAGACUGGUGGCCAGAGCCGUCAUCGGCGGGCUCUCUCAGACGGACGGCCGCGACUACAGCCUGGUGACGGCGAGCUGCGGAUUCGGGAAGGAUUUCCGCAAAGGCAUCCUGAAGAAGGGCAUGUGUUACGGGGACGACGCGUGCUUCGUGGCCCGGCACAGAUCCGCGGACGUCCUGGGUGUAGCAGAUGGAGUAGGAGGAUGGAGGGACUAUGGCGUAGAUCCGUCGCAGUUUUCGAGUACAUUGAUGAAGACGUGUGAAAGGCUUGUGAAGGAAGGACGCUUUGUCCCCAGCAACCCUGUGGGAGUCCUGACGACGGGCUACUAUGAGCUACUGCAGAACAAAGUGCCACUAUUAGGGAGCAGCACAGCUUGCAUUGUGAUCUUGGACCGGCAGAGUCACCGGUUGCACACAGCCAACCUGGGAGACUCGGGUUUCCUGGUGGUUCGGGGUGGAGAGGUGGUCCACCGCUCAGAUGAGCAGCAGCACUACUUCAAUACCCCCUUCCAGCUGUCUAUCGCUCCCCCAGGGGCGGAGGGAGCAGUCCUCAGUGACAGCCCUGACGCCGCAGACAGUUCUUCCUUUGACGUACAGUUGGGUGACAUCAUCCUCACCGCCAGCGAUGGGCUGUUUGAUAACAUGCCUGACUAUAUGAUCCUGCAAGAGCUCAAGAAGCUCAAGACUGCAAACUACGAGAGCAUUCAGCAGACUGCUCGCAGCAUUGCAGAGCAAGCCCACGUACUGGCCUACGACCCCAACUACAUGUCACCUUUUGCACAGUUUGCCUGUGACAAUGGACUGAAUGUAAGAGGAGGAAAGCCAGACGAUAUUACAGUGCUGCUGUCCAUAGUGGCAGAAUACACAGACUAGACGAGAGCAUUGAUUGGGAAGCAUCUGCCCCUGGGAGCGAUGACCUGCUUUGAUUCCUGCUGGCCAGGAUGUAGGACUGACGCCUGAUGCUUCCUCCACACGCACAGGAUCUGCAGGAUCAUCCUCUUCCUCCGGCCAAAACGAAAAAUAUGAUAUGACCAAUUCCAUUUGGUCGUUAGUGAUCAAAUGAAGCAAACACGAGAGCCAAACACUGCCUUUUGGCCCCGUUGUACCGUUGGCAUCUUUGCGGUUUUCCACUGCUCAUUGGAUAAUCCCAUUGCCGAGGAUCAGCAGUUAUUGGGCUCGUCGGAGAUGAGCAUCCUGUCUGAGGAUAAGUCGUCUUCCUCUGGUGCGUGGCUCGGGCAGGGAGGAAGUGGAGGUUCAGAGAUGUAGCCAGACAGUAGGUGUUGGAGUGUUUAAAACCCCUGCAUGCUGGACUGCCAGAAGGGAAUAGGUGAAGUCUAGUGGUAAUGUUAAGAAGGGAACGUACAGGAAAUUGACAUCAAUUAGGACUGAAUUUUGAAAGCUGAUGUUAUUAAUGAGGCAGUUGUAGUUAGAGAACCUUAAUCAGAUUGACUGGAACCUUUUUGGGUGCAGUUAGCAUAUGUUCAUUAGGUUCAUAUGACCGGUGUGCUGUUCAGGGAAGUUUCGUUAAAUGAAGUUGGAGUUGUCUCUGUUUUCAACAAAAAAAAAUCAACAAAGUAUGUGGCAGACACCUGUAGUCCAUCUCCUAGGGCAGGUUGAUCCAUUAGGAUUUCAUAUUGAAGAGCGGCAGCUGCCUUUUUCAAAACAAUGCAAUGCAAGUGCUGCACAGAUUAUGUUACUUAAUGGGAGGACUAUUUAUAGUUCAAAAGCCUCUCUAGAGAUGUACCGUGUCAAACUGAUGCCCUCCCUUUAAUGUUCCAGCUACCAUUGCUGGCAAAGUCUUGAUUGUGUGUGUCUGUGUGAGUGCGCAUGUGUGUGUGGGUGAUGAAUGCAUUCUUGCUCAUCAUGUGUGUAAUUAAUGUCUCUUAAAUGGAUGUGAAGGCUCCAAACUUCUCCAUAUCCACUGGACUCAAAUUGGUGUAGCAGCCUUAAACGCACAAACAGCUCAAGAAGCAUAUCUGGAAAAAAAAAAGCUAAGAUGCAAUGGAAGUUGGUCAGGUGACCAAAUGUAUUUUUGUAACUUUGUUUCUGUGUUGUCAUUCGCUGCCUCAGAGCAGCUUAAACUGUGGUUCACAAUCAACUUUCUUUUUUUAGUUUUCCCUCCCCCUCCCGCUGGCUUCCAGUGGCACAGUUGUAUACAAGUCGGGCCGCCUCAGAUUUUUGUCUGAGCAGUGGCUGUUACGUUUCCCAUACACCACUAAACAUUUUGCACUUUGGCUUUUCUGCAGCUUUUACCUGCAGUUAGAUUUAUAAGCAGAGUACAUCUUUUGUGUAUUAGCAUUAUAAUGUGCCUUGUAUCAGGCACUGUUGAUACGGGCAAAACGUCCACAGUUUAACUCGUACCCGACUGUGUGCCAGGUAUUAAGCACCGAGCCUGAAACUGUAAAGUAGACAUUAAAGUUGAAACAGCAUUUCCCAUCAUGCCCUGCUGUCUAAACACAAGGGCCUUUCGCUUCCAGUAGGUUGAACCUUCUUGUUCUUGGAUUUUUCUUUUUUUUCCUGCACCUUCUCUUUGGCUUGUAGACGGUGAUAAAGCCAUUUUUGCGCUGAGAAAAUCCUCCCUGCUGAUCUUUUAGAUCACUGUUUACAAUCUGCACUAAUUUAACGCACAGUUUCCCUGCUUAAAUGAGUUAACGGUGAAAAACUGCAGCUUCAGCUGCCGUUUUGAGAUCACACCGACAGAGAUGCAUCAGAUUCAGGCGGACGGCAAGAGCAGAAAAUGUGAGUUGUGUUAUAGCACUGAGGGCAAUCUAAGCAGCCUUAACACAAUUACAAAGCCAAUACCCCAGUCUUUGGCUACAGACACUGUUAUCUUUGUGGUUCCUGCUUCGUGAUUCCCACCUGCCCUGAAACUCAGUUGGUCUUUCAUCUACAGACUUUGUAUGAACCACACGAUUGUAUAUAGUGUACAGUUCAAUGCAGCUCGAAACUCUGUGUAUGUGUGGUGUGUGUGUGUGGGUGGGGGGGGUGAGCUAUCUGUACAUUAUUUAAAUAAAGAUUAUGGUAU